AUGCCGACCCUUUCAGUGUUCAUGGAUGUGCCUCUAGCUCGGAAGCUAGAAGGCAGCUUGCUAAAGAUCUACAAACAGGACAAUCACACUCAUAAGACCUUCUUGGCUUAUAAAGUCUGCCUGAACAGUGAAGGUGAGCCCUGGACCUCUUCCGUGGUGCCCAAGAUCCGACUGCAGAUCUCACGGGAUCCCUCCCUGGACUAUGAGUACAUGCCCGAGAUGGGCAUGAAAUCCUUCAUCCAGUCCUCCUUGGAGCUCCUCUUUGGAAAGCACAACCAAGCCAUUAUGGAGAACAGGGUAGGGGGUUUGCACACUGUUGGUGAGGCUGGUGCCUUCCAACUUGGUGCCCAGUUCCUCAAAACGUGGUGUCAGGAUUCUCAAACAGUUUACAUCAUUUCUUCUCAAAAAGAACAUCAUGGACUCAUCUUCCAGGACCUGGGCUUUAGAGUUUAUGAGCACUCCUUUUGGAAUUCCAAACAGCUGUGUGUGGACCCAGACAUGCUCCUAGAUGUGGUAGAGCAGGCCCCUCAUGGCAGCAUCUUUGUGCUUGGGAACAUUGGCAACUGCAAGCUGACACAAAAUCAGUGGGUAAAUUUGUUGUCUACCAUGAAGAUCAAGCAGAUAUUCCCAUUUUUUGACAUUCCCUGUCAAGGUUUCCUAACUGGUGAUGUGGAAGACGAUACUAGGUUCUUACAAUACUUUGUGUGUCACGGCUUUGAAUUCUUCUGCAGUCAAUUCCUGUCCAAGAGUUUUGGCAUUUAUGAUGAAGGAGUGGGGAUCCUGGUCGUGGUGACUCUCAACAACCAGCUCUUGCUGUGUGUCCUCUCCCAGUUGAAGACUAUUUCCAGGGCCCUGUGGCUAACCCCUCCCACCAUGGGUGCUCGCAUCAUCACCUCCAUCCUCAGUAACCCUGCCCUGCAGGGAGAAUGGAAGCAGAGUCUAAAAGGGGUUGUGGAGAAUAUCAUGCUGAUCAAGGAAAAGGUGAAGGAGAAGCUCCGACUCCUAGGGACCCCUGGCUCCUGGGAGCACAUCACUAGCCAGACUGGGACACACAGUUAUCUUGGGCUCAACUUCCAGCAGCUGGAGUACCUGGUCAAGAAGAAGCAUAUCUACAUCCCAAAGAGUGGUCGGAUUAACUUCACCUGUAUCAAUGCCAGCAACAUAGAUUACAUCACUGAGAGCAUCAAUGAAGCUAUUCUCUAUACCAAAGAAGUAAAUGAUUUUUGA